ACUCAAUCAAUCAAUCACUCUACUAAUCCCUGCUCCCCACGUCAUACCGCUGUGUCAAUGCAACUCUGGCGCUCUCUCUUAAACCGAAGAAGGCGGCGUUAUGACACAAAGGAAGUGGAGGUCCUUAGAAGGAGGAGAUAUGACUGAAGGUGCAUCAAGCAAUGAUGAGAGCGCUGUGCUCACAGAGUUCGGAAACCUAAUGACAGCAUCAGAGUAUGAGGAACUUCUUGAGGCAUGUGGUACUUUUGAAGGCAUACAUGAUGGCAUUAAAGAGGAAGUAUAUAUUGUUGAUGAUGUGACUGCUGUGCAAGAACCACAGACUUCAGUUCAGAGUGCACAGUUUCAUAAUCUGGGUGUAGACAGGACACAGCAGGCCACCAUUCAGUACUCUCAGUUCAAUGGUCCAUCCAGCAUGUCAGCGUCUUUACUGCCAUCACCAACAUGUGCAAUGCCUGCAAGAGAAGAAUACCCUGGACCACACAAUUUUGAGAUUCAGAUCGAUGGCAGGUCUUCAAGCAGUAAAUGGAUGUUUUCUCACGUUAUGAACAAAUUGUUUAUAACUCUCAAGACAGUAAUUCAUUUGGGAUUCAAGUGCGAUAAUUUUGGAGCUGGCCUCUUUGUACGGGCUCUUCUAGUACACUGUGAUGCAGAAGCAUUUCAGGAACCAGUGGUUCGUUGUCUGCAUCAUAAGUUCACAGAUCACCCUGAUAAUGCAGGUAUUGAUGUUAAGCUGAUUGAUUAUGUGCUACAUAUUGAUCAUUCACAAGCAAUUUAUGAGUUUGAUGAGAAGAGUGGAAGAUUUAGUGUCCGGAUGGCACUGAGUCAUCCACAGGCAGGAACUGACUGGGUGACAAUGGCCUUCAAGUUUAUGUGCAAGAACUCUUGCCUCUCUGGUUUGAAUAGACGCCCAACUGAGGUGAUUUUUACACUCGAAAAUGAAAGAGGAGCUGUUUUGGGUCGUCGUAAGAUGAAAGUUAGAAUAUGCAGCUCCCCUAAGAGGGAUAUAACCAAGGCAGAGAAUGAUUCAGAGGCCAAACAAGAGCAGAAGGCAUCAGAAGGAAAAGUAGCAAUUCAUCCUCCUCCUGAACAACUAAAUCAGCGAGCAAAAAAGAAGAAGUUUGAUGAAUUCUUUCAGCAAGCCUUUCUUGGAGAAGCAGAAUUUCUGGACGUAACCUUGUGUGCACACGCAAGAAUUAAGCGGACAUUGCAAGUCGAAAAUAGGCAGCCAACUGAGAAAGAGGCAGCCUUGCUUAAAAAAUAUGAGCGUGAUCUGGAAUGUGGGUUUUCUCCUGGAAAUUGAGAUGGCUGAGGAACAUGGUUUACCAUUUGGAAAUUGAGAUGCCGGUGAUUUCACAGAAUCUGCAGAGACACGACUUCCAUGUUAAUACUGAUGUUCUCAUAGCAGUGACUAUGGAAAGUCCUCUCAUCUGGGAUUUGAUGCAGGGUAGUCCAGUAGGUGUUCAACAUUUUGGGGGACUGUACUGCCUCCAUUUGCAGGGUUAAAGAGUAAUUCAAGCAAGCAGCAAGCUGGAUCCUGAACAUGGUGGCAGUACAUUCCUUCAGAAUGUCAGUGAACUUCUACCAGACUACAUGACAUUCCAUUGUAGCAGAUUGUAUUUUGCAUAAUAUUGUUUAAGUUUUUGUUAUGAGUUGUAAUUAGUCAAAAGGGGUACACUAAAAAUAAAAACAGCACAUAAUAUGUAGAAACUUUACAAUGUAUGACAAAAUUAAUGCAUUUGUAGAAGGUUGCAAGAACCCUGUCUAGUGUCUACAUUUUUUAUUAUUUUCUACCCUGUUGUAGGUUAAUGUUUCCUUAAAUGUGUACCUGGAUAAGUGAAGAAUCAUAUAACAUUCAUCUCUCUGUAAUACCGAGAGUUUCCAUUCUACCAUAUGGUAUUAUUCCAUAAAUAUGACAGUAGGCAUUAAUGGGUAUACACUUGGAUUAAUGUUUUGCAUCACAUUCUGAUAUUGAGAUGUUGAAAGGGGCAGCUUAUCGUAAGACAUGUGAGAUUUGCUGCAGAUUCUUGUACUGAUGUUUUAUUUUAAUGGGAUGUGUGAGUGUCUGGAUUUAUAAUUCGUAGACAUUUUCAAGAAUAACUUCAACUUGAGGCAGGAAAUAGGAAAAUUUUUUAGAUGAACAGUGAGAGUUUUCUCUUCCAGACCAAUGUUUAUAUUGUAAUCACAAUUUAUAACACUAACUACUUUGUCAUAAUGAACUGAAGUGUAAGGUUGAUUCAUGCUAGCAUUUCCAACCCUUAUAUUUCUGAUGGAUUCAAUAGUUUUCAUGCUACUGCACAAAGAAGUAGGAGUUAUUUGAAAACUUCAAGUUUGGGACUGAAAUAGUCAAUAUUCAUUUCAAGAUCAGGAUAUUUAUUUUCUUGAUCCUAAAAAUCUGAGAGUUCCAAAUGUUCACAAUUUCAUAAGUUUGUUCAUAACUUCUGAGCAAAAUAAUUUGAGACUCAAACUACAUACUGUCACAUGAUUGAAUGUGACAACUAUAUACAAGGUCUGGAUUGGUCAUUGCAUUAAUUGAACUCUUACAUAUCUGUGACUACAUGUGAUUAUAACCAUUUCACUAAUUCACACACUUUACAGUCCACUAGAAGACACAGUUAAGUCUUCUCAGCCUGUUGUGUCUUCACCAUUUUUGUGGUAACGGAUUCCAAUGGCAGAUGUUCCCCUUCCUCUGGUUCCUGAACUGUUCCUCUGGCCUCAGCUACCAGCUUCUAACAGCAGUAGCUCACAGUGAGUGAACUCCAGCAGUUAUCUAUCUCACUAAUCAAUCCUCCAACUCAAAUCAACUCAACUCAACUCAACUCAACUCAACUAACUCCACUAACUGUGCUGCUAAUAGCAUAUCAGCAUGGACCACACAGAAAACAUGGUUCCUCAUUGUUGUUAAAUUGUUGCCAUAGGAACAUGCUUGUUUGUGAACCCAUACUCAGUAACAUCUAUCUCUGCUGGCUUCAUAGUUCUUGCCUUGAGUAAAUAUGCCGCAAUACUUUUAUCUAGAGAAAUAAGUAUUUAAUAGACCUGAAUUUGGGGUUCACAUGGAGUGACUAAAUAUUACUGCCAUGUGGGAGGUGGCACCAUGUGGUCUGAUAGAAGUUCACCAACCUUUGAGAGGAACAUGCUGCCCCUAGUUUCCAGGUUGGAGAGUAAACCAAGCAAGUAACCAGCCAGAAGCAGGCAGAGUAUUAUUCUGAACCGUCUGUGAACUUCAGCCUGACUACACGAUAUCAUGUCUUAGAAGAGAGUACUACUUAAUCAAUAAUGUGUUGUCACCCCAAACUGUUCACUAACCAUGCAUUAUCAGUUCCAGCUUAGACACGCUUGAAA